CGUUAGCAAUACAAUUCAAGGGCUCGAGAGACGAGACGAGAUGAGAUGAGACGAGGCGUUUAAGUAUUUUAUUUCCCAAAAGAAAACAUUGAAAAUGUUGAAAGAGUUGGUAAGAGAACGACUAAUGGCGGCAGCUGAUGAAAUAUUGGCGCUGUUUGAAAGAACGAUAGCGUCGUACGAGGAGGAACUUUCCCAAACGAGAGAGGAGAAGGAGCGACUUCGACAUCACCUUGUGCUCGACGCCAAAGACGUCCAGCAGAUGAUUGGUUGUCAGGAAGAACAUCUCCCUCAGCUGGAGGUGGGGAGCUCCACUUUGAAGCAGGAGGAUCCCCAGCCCCCCCACGUUAAAGAGGAAGAGGAGGAACUCUGGAUCAGUCAGGAGGGAGCGUGCCUUCUAGGGUUGGAGGAGGCUGAUCUCACCACGUUGCCACUGACUGGUGUCUCUGUGAAGACUGAAGAGCAUGAAGACAAACCACCCGAAUCGCCACAGCUUCAUUACAGUCUGAGUGAGGAGAACAGAGGGGCGGAGCCUCCGAGCAGCAGCAGCAGUAGCAGCUCACCACAACACAUGACUACAGAAGCUGGUGGAGACCACCAUGGAGGAUCACAAGCAGACAAGCUCUUAGCUCCGCUAUCAGAUAGCGAACACACAACGUCACACGCUCCUGAGGAUGAAGAAGCUUUGAGCGGCGGUACAGACGGUGAAGGUGAUAGGAGGACUCACACUGACAAUAAAUACUCUAAAUGCUCUAAAAAGAAGACGGGUAAAAAAUGUUUGACCUGCUCAGUUUGUGCAAAAAGUUUUACUCAAAAGUGUGCUUUGACUCAACACAUGCGGACACACUCAGGAGAAAAACCUUUUAUUUGUUCAGCUUGUGGUCAAAGAUUCUCCCAGAAAGGUGCGAUGAUAAUUCACAUGAGAAGGCACACUGGAGAAAAACCUUUUUGUUGCUCAGUUUGUGGUGAAAGCUUUGCCCAAAAGGGACAUGUGGUAACACACAUGAGAACACACACAGGAGAAAAACCAUACAGGUGUUUAGUUUGUGAUAAAAGAUUUGCUCAGAAUGCAACGUUUCGUUCCCACAUGAGGACACACACAGGAGAAAAACCCUUUGGUUGCUUUGUUUGUGAUAAAAGAUUUGCUCGCAAGCUAACAAUGGUAUCACACAUGAGAACACACACAGGAGAAAAACCCUUCAGUUGCUUUGUUUGUGAUAAAAAGUUCUCUCAAAAGUCAAAGAUGGUUGCACAUGUGAGAACACACGGAGAAGAAAAAGCUUGUCAGGAAGGAUUAGGGUGUGGCGCAGAUGACAAUAAGAAAGAUGAUGAAAUGAGCAGUGGGCCUUCAUGUAUACAAUAACUGAAACCAAGAAACUUCCUAUCAUCUUUCUGACAUUCUUCAUGACAACAAACACAAAGCAGGCUAGCUCCAUGGAAGUGUUGUCAUAGCAGUGAAGCAACCACAGCUUUUAUGGUCUGCCUUGGUGCCAUGCAAGGUUAGUGCAAGGUUGGAUUUCUCUGGAGGUUUCAUAUCAAGCAGUGCAGGAGGUUUGGAGAGGAAGGAGCGAGCUGGGGUAGGAGUGGAACCCAGGCUUCAGUCUGUGACUAAAAUUGAGGAUUCAUGUUUGGGAUGCAGCUCAUUCAGUAAAAUCGAAACAAUCAGCAAAAUGUGAGAUUUUUAUUUUUUUUUUUUUUUUUACUGACCCAGUUGAUUGUAUGUCAUUAUUAGUCUUAAAAAUAAACCACAUCAUUUCCAACACGUAUAUGUAUUUACUAGUGCUGCUAAAAAUAACAUAUUUCCGAUGGUAACUAAUUCUUUUAACUAAAUAGGUGAGAUUUUCGACCAUAAUUAGCCACAAGCCACACCCCUUUUAGGACAGCGACAGACCGUCACAAAUCUACACAGUCUGACACAAAUUCCUACCUUAACACAUCAACAGCUGUGCUCAAUUCCAACAUGUACACUCCUGAUCAAAAUCUGAAGACCAGUUGAAAAGUUGCUGGAAAUAGAAUUUUGCACAUUUGGAUCUCAAUGAGGUUUUAAGUAGAGCUACAAUAUGCAAAAACAAGAAGGGGGGUGAGACAAAAAGCACUUUGAAAAAGUCAUUUAUUGAAAACAACAAUGAAAGUGAAAUAGGCUGUUUAUCAGCUGAUCAAAAGUUUAAGACCAUUGCUCAAAAAAUAACAAAAAACUCUCCAAACCAGAACAAAACAUGUUCUCAGUAGGACUCAGUAAUGAGGAGCUCCACCGUUCUUGUUCAUCACUUCCAAAAUGGCUUUGGGCAUGCUUGAUGCCAGUGUUUCCAGGAGGUUAGUGGGAACAUUGCUCCAAGUGGUGAAGAUGGCUUCACCAAGGCCAUCAACUGUCUAGAACUGAUGGCCAUUUUUAUAAAUC